CAAACAAACCUGUCACCUGUACGUUUCAAGUUGCCGCCAUUUUCAAAUGCUGCUUGUCUUGCCUGGAGCAGCAAGGGCGAUCGCAGGGCAGAUGAAGGCAUAAAGUGACUAGCCUACUGACUACCUACUACCUAGUACCUAGUAUAGCCCGAUAGGCGAUAAUUUUAAUGGCACACUGACUCUGGCGGUUUAUACUUACUAGGUAGUCAACAUAACACACUGACAACCGUCACGUUUAAUGGCUAAUACGAGUUGCUUCGUGUCAAUCGUGUGCAUGUGCCCCUAAAUUUAACAUUACCGCUACGGCGCUGCCCUCCGGGGUGCGGUCUCCUCCCAAAUUUUACUAUUACUAAUAGUAAAAUACUAUUACAAAUAGUAUUAGUAUCUGUAUUACACAUACGGUCCUACAAGGCUACAGCCUUUCAGGUAAGAGAAGUGAAGCAUUAUGGCAUCUGAUGAAGAGUCAACUGCAAAGUUUUUCCGCAGAAGUUGGAUUUGCUACGAGCUCGAAGAUUGGACAAUGCCCAAUUCACAGCUCAAUUACUACAGCUUACUACAGUUUAUCAAGUGCUUUGAAGGAUUCUCAUCUUACUGCGGUGUCUACAUUGCUCCCUUUGCGCACGAACAUUUCCUGUGCAGCACGAUAUGUCUGAAACUCCUUCCAAAUGCUGUCCAAAUUUAUAAUGCAAAACAAAAGGAGGUACCAGGAGUAUCCAAAGCAAGUGUUAAGAGUAAGAAACCUGCUGCAAUGAGAGGCAAAAAUGAAAGCAUUUCCUCCAAGUCAGGGGCAAUGAUGAAGACGGGAAGUGUGAAACAAUCAAAAAGACAAGGCUACAAGCGCAAGAAACGCGAUCAUGGAGAUGAUUCAGAAAAUAAUGCUGGUGAUUCUUCUGAAAAUGAAAAUACAGGCACUAAAGGGAAACCAGGGGCAGAUGAUAUGAACCUCACCCACAUCAAGAAGUUCAAAAACGCAAUUACACUCAAGGUGGUGCUGGACGCCGUGGAGAUGAUGCUGCUGGUGAGCCGGCCGUUGACUGGGUGGCUGAUGGGCGCUAUGUGCCGCAGCCUCGGGUGCUCCGACCUCAGUGUCGUGGCCAACUUCAAGGGCGACGCACGACACUACUUCAUGCUCCGCGCCCAGGCUGCUCCUGAGGGCAUGGGUUCCAAGAGCUCGCAAGCUCUCCUCGAGCACGAGUGGAUGUGCGCGCUGCAGGCUCGUGGUCGCGUUUUCGGCGGCCGCCUUGCUUUGGGCGACGUUACACAGGGCAUCGGCGCCAUGACGGACAACUUUCCUGCAAUCUCCUCAAUCCACGUCACCGGCAGAAACGUGCCGAUGCCGUCCAUGAAGUCGCACGCAUCAGACCUGCCGGUGGAGAAGCUGCAGGCAGUGGAGCGUAAUUUGCUCAGCUUGCGGCUGCCAGAACUGCGCAUCCAAAUCUCGUCCCCUUCACUGCUGCAUCUCUACUGCAACUCCGCUCUGGAGGCCUACCAGUGCAGAGAUGCCACUCGUCGUCUGAUGAUAGAUUCCGGAGACGCUAUGAAGAGCGCGCUGGUGCAUUGGCCUCCAGUUGACGAAGGGACGUGGGGGAGAGUGGAUGGCUCCGCUGCCGCUCGCGGCGGGGCUCUUCCAGCAACGCGGAGAAAGAGAAAGAGGCUACUUCUAGGCGGGGUAGUAAAGUCACCGCCGUUAUUUUUGCAGAAACUUAGGUCCGCUGCUUCUCUUAGAUCAACAAUAGAGUAUAGCUAAGUGUCUGAAGUUUGCGUUCGAAAACGAAUGAAAUUAUCCUGAUUCAACAAUUUGCGUAAGUUCAAACCCUAUUGCUAUUUAGAUAUUCUAGAUCUGGAUAUUAGGGUUUUAUUUUAAGAUACACUUUCUGUUCAAUCUUAUUUUCAAAUGCAAAAGAAAACAGAUUUUUCAACUGAUUACAACCCCCAGUCUUUAAAGGGGACUUUCGUGCAUAUCGUUUUAUUCCGGUUUUCAAAAUUUAUUCCUUUCAUUAGUGAAUUAUUCUCACUUUUACGAUGAAUUUCGUUAUAUACAUAAAUCCAUAAAAUGGCCAUCGCUCGCUAAGGCGAUGGACAUUGGCGUUGGCAAAUGUGAGUGAAAUAAUUGACGGCUACUAAUUCAUGCCUUCCAAAUAUAAGUAGCCAUAGAUUUAUGCUCACAUCUGAAGUAAAAAGAAACAAAAUAAUAACAAUAUGUUGAUAGAAAAGAGGA